GCUUUAUGUCUCUUAUAAAGCGUACACGAGGAUUCGUUCGCUUCUCUCUUUUCCUCUUACUAUGACUGCUAGCAUCUUCUUCAGAUUCCUCCCUCCGUCCCCCACCUCCGUCCCCUCUUCUCUCUAUUCGCAGCUGGGCACCCGCUUGCUGUCACACCCAUCUGCAAACCACCCACGAUUGUGACGUUUUGGUUGUAACGAUGAACCAUCUAAAAAUUGACAUUUGGAUCAAAUUAGGAACACUGAAACUUUUAUUUUAAAGUCGGUGCUGGAGGUCUGUGUUGUAGAUAGCACGUAUGCCGAUACGUGCUGGGAACAAUUACAACGGCAACUCAGCCAUUCCCACAAAUCGUGUAGAGAGGCUUUUGAGAGAAAGAGAGCUAAGAAAAAGUAGCAGAGCUUCUCAUUCAAAUGACACUACCGACAGUAACGGGGUAACUGAGGACUCUGAACAUGACUUGCACUUAAGGGAGAAUGGUAACAGAGAGUUUUCCCUUUUGGAUCAAUAUUUGGAAGGGGCUGCAAAAGCACUUAGUGAGGGAUGGGAAAGGCCAGAUGCGAGGCCUUGCAGGCAACGAUUGUUGGUGGUGGCUAAUAGGCUGCCAGUCUCUGCUGUUAGGAGAGGUGAAGAGUCUUGGUCACUGGAGAUAAGCGCGGGUGGUCUAGUGAGCGCUCUUCUGGGUGUGAAGGAAUUUGAGGCACGAUGGAUUGGGUGGGCAGGUGUGAAUGUGCCCGAUGAGGCUGGGCAGAAGUCACUUACUAAAGCACUGGCUGAAAAGAGGUGUAUCCCCGUAUUCCUUGAUGAAGAAAUUGUUCAUCAGUAUUAUAAUGGCUAUUGCAAUAACAUAUUAUGGCCUCUUUUCCAUUAUCUUGGACUUCCUCAAGAAGAUCGUCUCGCGACUACCAGAAGUUUUCAGUCCCAGUUUGCUGCGUAUAAAAAUGCAAAUCAAAUGUUUGCUGAUGUUGUAAACAAGCAUUAUGAAGAAGGUGAUGUUGUUUGGUGUCAUGAUUACCAUCUUAUGUUCCUUCCAAGAUGCCUGAAGGAACACAACAGCAAAAUGAAAGUUGGUUGGUUUCUCCACACACCUUUCCCAUCUUCUGAAAUCCACAGGACGCUGCCAUCUCGAUCAGAGCUGCUGCUUGCUGUUCUUGCUGCUGAUUUGGUUGGUUUCCAUACCUAUGAUUAUGCGAGGCAUUUUGUCAGUGCUUGUACUCGUAUUCUUGGACUCGAAGGUACACCUGAAGGAGUAGAGGAUCAAGGGAGACUGACUCGCGUGGCUGCGUUCCCUAUAGGGAUAGAUUCAGAUCGUUUCAUUCGAGCACUUGAAGUUCCUCAAGUCCAGGAACACAUCAAAGAAUUAAAAGAAAGGUUUGCUGGCCGAAAGGUAAUGUUAGGGGUUGAUCGCCUGGAUAUGAUUAAGGGAAUUCCCCAAAAGAUAUUGGCGUUUGAAAAGUUUCUUGAGGAAAAUCCUUCUUGGCGUGAUAAAGUGGUUUUGCUGCAAAUUGCUGUGCCAACAAGAACAGAUGUUCCUGAAUAUCAGAAACUUACAAGCCAGGUUCACGAAAUUGUUGGACGCAUCAAUGGCAGAUUUGGAACUUUGACCACAGUUCCACUUCAUCAUUUGGAUCGUUCUCUCGACUUUCAUGCAUUAUGCGCACUAUAUGCUGUUACUGAUAUUGCACUUGUCACGUCUCUGCGGGAUGGAAUGAAUCUCGUCAGCUAUGAGUUUGUGGCAUGCCAAGAUUCGAAAAAAGGGGUCCUCAUUCUUAGUGAAGUAAUUAUCGCUGAAUUGUGA